GCAUUGAAGACCUUUGAAACACCGUGCCCGUGGCUUAUUUUCAUGACCUUUUUUUUUUCGACAAAACAUUUUUUUUUCCUUCACUCUCUUUAUACUAGAAAAAAAAAACUCAUAUAAUGGCAGAGAGCAAAGGAUUAUUCUCCAUGUUUGGUGGAACAGGUAUCGUCAUGCCUUCUUUCAAAAAGGCCGCAGAUAUCAAAACCAAAGAAGAAAUUGCAAAGGAAGCAGCAAACACGAGUGCUGCUGGUGGAGGAGGAGCUUGGAAAACUGCAAAGAAGAGAGGUCCUCGUGGUUUGGCACUCAAGGCUAGAGCCAUGGGGAAGAAUGUCACCGUUGCUGAAAAUAAAUCGGUCGUGCCCGAAUUCGAUCCCGAGGAUGUUGCCAUGGGUGGUAUGGGAAAGAAAAAGAAACGAUACACACCCUAUGGUGGUAGAGGAAGAACAAGACCUGUAGAGAAAAUGGAAGACACCACGGAUAAACGAGUGGAUAUUUUGAUUGCAGGUUUCGAACCGGGUAUGGAAGCAGGUGUGGUGCCUUUCCUUGUCCAAAAAUCCAAAAAGAAAUGGGAACCUGUGGAUGUUAAAUUAGACGGAGGACAAAUGUUAAUCACUGUCAACGAUCCCAUUGUAGCUCGUAUCUUGGUACGUUUAGAUGGUUACAUUUUCGGUUCUCAACAAUUACGUAUUCGACUUUAUAACAACCCAACACUUCCCAUGACACCUGUUGUCGAGAGCAACAAAAAGUUAACCACCAUCGACAUUCUCCGAAAUUUCUUGUUGAGUCGAUGGAACAGCGAAUUAAAAUAUUUAAACUUGGAUGAUAUGCAUUCUGAUACCAUCUUAAAGAAAUCAGCCAUUAAACCACCAGGUUCACCAGGUUCCAACGCUAUCGUUGGUCCUGCCAUGAUGAAACUGGCUGGUGAAAUGUUUGCCGAUAUCGUCACCAUUUCUUUUGCUCGUAACCAUUUCAAAAACGUACAACAAAUCUCGACUUUGGCUCAAUAUCUCCCCAACAUUCAAAACAUUUCUUUCCAAGAUAAUCUCAUCAAGGAUUACGCCAAUUUAGAAGCCCUCAGUGGUACAGGUAAAUUAAGACACCUCAGAGAACUCUUGAUGGCUGGUAACCCACUUCGUGACGCUGAGAUGAAACAACGAGGAAAUGAUCGUGCCUAUGUUCGUAACAUGGUCAAACGUUUCCCUUCACUUGUCCUUUUGGACGGUGUCCCCGUCCAAUUAUCCGAGUCAGAAGUGGCUGCAGUGCAUAAAACAGGUCGUGUCUUACCCGCUGAUAACAUGCCCAACUUCUUUGAUAAUGAAAUCAGUCAAGCAGCAGCCACAGAUUUCAUUUCGAAAUAUUACCAAUUGUUCGAUACAAACAGAGUCGCCUUAUCCGUCAUUUACGAUACAAAUGCCAUCUUUUCUGUCACUUCCAACGUCAAACUUCGCGCUCAACAAAAAACCAGAAGAAAGGACAAGAAAAAAUUGAUGGAUGAUGAUGAGAGUUUAACAUGGACUGGUAUCAGUCGAAACCUGAUGGGAAAAUCCAAAAAGCAAGAAGGAAAAGGUCUUUUGAUUGGCCCUGAAGUUAUUGGAAGUACAAUUUGUAGAUUACCACCAACAAUACAUGAUUUACACAAACCUCAGGAUUUCGUCGUCGAUGCACAUCAAUCCCCCGCUGGAUUACUCGUGUGUUUACACGGUGAAUUUAAGGAGGAUCAAUCCUCCUCACCUUAUUCAUACGAUCGUACAUUUUUACUUCGUCCUGCCACACCCGAGACCCCUGCAAUGGCUGCUGGAUGGCCAUAUGUCAUCAUGAGUGAUAUCUUGUGUGUCCGUGAUUAUAUUGGAAAUGGAGGAUUUAAACCUCAAGUCGUGGUACCCACAAGUACCUUUGCUUGUUAAAAACUUUUCUUAGCUAAAUACCAACCAACCAACCCCUCAUUCUAAUUUUGAUGUAGCCAAAUCCCUUAUAUUUUAAUAUUUUUUUUUACAGUAGCAAUAGAACUCAUUUUAGAAACGCAAUUAGUUUUUUAAUCAUCCAUCUCAAACACGCACUGCAUCAUCACUUUAUUUUUUUUUACACACAUCUGUUAUUAUGCAAAAACGCCUUCAGUAGUGACACUAUAUAUCAUGAUGAUAAUGCCUUAUUUUAUAUAAAUAAAACCUGAAAUGUACAAACAUGCAUAGAGAAAA